ACUUUUGACAGCUUUUGCAGCUUGUUGACAGCUGACAACAAUUAAAUUCGUGAAUGUCAUUGCGAUUUGAGUUGGAAGCAUUAUUUUGAAAAAAAAAUGCCUCCAGUGAUCACUGAUUUAGCCAUGAAUACUGAAAGUGACUGGAUGAAUGCUGCCCAUAGUACUGGGACCACUAUUAUGGCAGCUGAAUUUGAUGGGGGUGUGAUUAUUGGGGCGGAUUCUCGAACCACCACUGGGUCAUACAUUGCCAAUCGUGUUACAGACAAACUUACAAAAGUAACCAGUCACAUUUAUUGCUGCCGUUCAGGAUCUGCAGCUGAUACUCAAGCAAUAGCAGAUAUAGUGGCUUAUCAUUUGAAUUUCCAUGGCAUGGAGCUUGGAGAAGAACCGUUGGUUGAGACAGGAGCAUCCGUUUUUCGGGAACUGUGUUACAACUAUAGAGACUCCUUAAUGGCUGGUAUUUUGGUGGCAGGUUGGGAUAAACGUAAAGGUGGUCAGGUUUAUUCCAUUCCGAUUGGUGGUAUGUGUGUAAGACAGCAGGUUUCAAUUGGGGGUUCAGGAUCUAGUUAUAUCUACGGUUUUGUGGAUGCCAAUUAUAAAUCCAACAUGUCAAAAGAUGACUGCGUCAAGUUUGUUACAUCAGCUUUGGCGCUUGCCAUGUCAAGAGAUGGUUCCUCUGGUGGUGUCGUCAGACUAGGAAUAAUUACAGAAGAUGGCAUCGAACGUAAAGUUGUUCUUGGUAAUGAAUUGCCAAAAUUCUUUGAAGAUUAGUUUUUUUUAAUAAAGAAAAUCAUCAUUA